GCCGGGCCAGACGGACCAGAGCUGGCCGCCGGGCCGCGAUGGGCGAGGGCGGGCUCCCCCCGGCCUUCCAGCUGCUGCUGCGCGCCUGCGACCAGGGCGACACGGAGACCGCGCGGCGGCUGCUGGAGGCCGGGGUGGCGGAGCCAGCGGAGCGCGGCGCGGAGCCCGAGGCGGGCGCGGAGCCGGCGGGGGCCGAGGCGGCCGGGCCCGGGGCGGCGGCAGCGGCGGGCGGAGCGCCAGUGCCCGUGGACUGCUCGGACGAGGCGGGCAACACGGCGCUGCAGUUCGCCGCGGCCGGCGGCCACGAACCUCUGGUGCGCUUCUUGCUGCGCCGCGGCGCCUCGGUCAACAGCCGCAACCACUACGGCUGGAGCGCGCUCAUGCAGGCAGCCAGAUUUGGGCACGUGAGCGUGGCACACCUCCUUUUGGAUCAUGGGGCUGAUGUCAAUGCCCAGAACCGGCUAGGGGCCAGUGUGCUCACUGUGGCCUCUCGGGGUGGCCACCUGGGUGUGGUGAAGCUGCUCUUGGAAGCUGGUGCCUUUGUAGACCAUCACAACCCCUCAGGCGAGCAGCCGGGAGCAGGGGACAGCAGGGACGAACUGUUGGACAUCACAGCCCUGAUGGCUGCCAUCCAGCAUGGUCAUGAGGCCGUGGUACGUCUGCUGAUGGAGUGGGGUGCUGACCCCAACUGCGUGGCCCGAACUGUGGGCUGGAGCCCACUGAUGCUGUCGGCGCUCAUCGGGAGGCUUGGCAUGGCCCAGCAGCUGGUGGAGAAGGGGGCCAACCCUGACCACCUCAGCGUGCUGGAGAAGACCGCCUUCGAGGUUGCACUUGACCGCAAGCACAGGGACCUUGCAGACUACCUGGACCCACUGACCACGGUCAGGCCCAAGACAGAUGAGGAGAAAAGGCGGCCUGAUAUUUUCCAUGCAUUGAAAAUGGGAAACUUCCAGCUGGUCAAAGAGAUUGCGGACGAAGACCCCAACUACGUGAACCUGGUCAACGGGGAUGGGGCCACCCCGCUGAUGCUGGCAGCUGUCAUGGGGCAGCUGCCGCUGGUGCAGCUGCUGCUAGAGAGGCAUGCUGACGUCGACAGGCAGGACAGCGUGCACGGCUGGACGGCCCUCAUGCAGGCCACCUACCACGGGAAUAAGGACAUUGUCAAAUAUCUGCUAAACCAAGGGGCUGAUGUCACUCUUCGUGCAAAAAACGGGUACACGGCCUUUGACCUAGUGAUGCUCCUGAGUGAUCCUGACACGGAACUUGUUCGACUGCUGGCAUCUGUCUGCAUGCGGGUGAAUAAAGACAAAGGCCGGCCCAGCCACCCACCGCCUCUGCCCCACUCGAAGGCCCGACAGCCCUGGAGUGUCCCAGUGCUGCCUGAUGACAAAGGCGGGCUUAAGUCCUGGUGGAGCCGAAUGUCCAAUCGGUUCCGGAAGCUCAAACUGACACAGACCUUGCCCCGUGGGCUCUGCAGUAACCAGCCUUUGCCUUUCUGUGAUGAGCCAGAGUCAGCGCUGGACUCCACAAUGCGGGCUGCCCCCCAGGGCAAGACAGGCCGCCCGGGGCUUCAUGAGGUGGCCCCCACAAUGAAAGAGAAUGGUCCUGGGAGCAUGAGAGGAGACAAAGAAGAUGUGUUAUUGACGACCAUGCUUCGCAAUGGAGCCCCCUUCCCCAGACUCCCGAGUGACAAGCUGAAGGCAGUCAUCCCUCCUUUCUUACCCCCUUCCAGUUUUGAGCUGUGGAGCUCCGAUCGGUCCCGGACAUGUCACAGCGGGAAGGCAGAGCCCGUGAAGACUGUGCUGCCCCAGAGAGCCGGCAGGGGCGCCCCCGUGGGCGUGGCUGGUGGGAGCACAGACGCUACUCCUGUGAGGCCCGUUAAAUUUCCGUCUCUCUCCAGAAGCCCCGCCUCUCCUGCCAGUUCUGGGAACUUCAACCCCUCACCUCAUUCCUCAGGUGGCUCCAGUGGGGUAGGGGGCUCGAGCAGGCACGGUGGGGAGCUGCAUAACCGCUCAGGUGGCUGCAUAGACAGUGUCCUGUCACAAAUUGCUGCCCAGAGGAAGAAAGCAGCCGGAUUAUCGGAGCAGAAGCCCAGCCACCAGUCAAGUCCCCUUGGGCCAGCGGCAGGGUCCAGCUCAUCGGAACUCCCAGUCUCCCCUGCAGGCAGUGGCGGUCCUGGUGGCAAGAAACUGGAGACAAGCAAAAGGCCUCUGUCUGGAACUUCCACUACCUCCAAGAGCACCUCCCCUACGCUCACACCCUCCCCCUCACCCAAAGGGCACACGGCCGAGUCCUCGGUGUCGUCCUCUUCGUCCCAUCGGCAGUCCAAGAGCAGUGGGGGCUCCAGCAGUGGCACCAUCACAGAUGAGGAUGAACUGACUGGAAUCCUUAAGAAAUUAUCACUUGAGAAAUAUCAGCCCAUUUUUGAGGAGCAAGAGGUGGACAUGGAAGCGUUCCUCACGCUCACUGACGGUGACUUGAAGGAGCUGGGUAUUAAGACAGAUGGAUCCAGGCAGCAGAUUUUGGCAGCGAUUUCUGAACUGAAUGCAGGCAAGGGACGCGAGAGACAAAUUUUACAGGAAACCAUUCACAACUUCCACUCUUCCUUUGAGAGCAGCGCCAGCAACACCAGGGCCCCUGGAAACAAUCCCUGUACAUGAUCCUCCCUCCUGUGGUCACCAGCGUGAGCUUUCUGAAUCCCAGUGCUGCCCUCACAUAGCCACUGCUCCAGCCAGCAUCAGCUCUUCCCCAUUCCCUCAAACACACCUCACUUGGUCACACCGCUGUGCCUUUGUCACGUUCCCUCUGUCCCGAACGCCCAUCUCCCCUUCUUUUCCCUGCUGUCCUAGUUGGUGAUGCUGUUGCCGUAAGGACCUCAAACGCAGUAGACUCAUCCUCACGUGAAGUCCCGUAUGGCUGCUUCUGCUUGGUAGGUGGCUUCCCACUGUGAUUUGGGGAACCAGUUCCUUUCACCUUGGUGGCCCUGUCAUCCCCAGGGGCCUCAGUAUCUUUGCCUCUGGCUGGCAGAAAGGGGAAAGGAACGGUGGAGAAGGCACAGCCAUUCUUAACCACCUUCCUCUUGAUGGCUCCUGCUCUAGCCACUCCUGCUCACGUUCCGUUGGCCACCAGUAGUCACAUGGCCCCACCUGGCUGCAAAGGAGGCUGGGAAAUGUAGUCUUUGUUCAGGCGGUGGCUGCCCAGCAGCAAGUCUACACUUAGCCAGUGCAGCACAUGUUUUAGAGGAAGCUUAGCUUUCCCUGACACAUCUUCCUGUAAAACUUCUAACUUGUUCUUUGUGAUCCAAGUCACCUAUCCAGUGAAGCCUUUCUUGACUCCCUUACACAGAACUAACUUUUCAGCUCCCAGGGUCCCUUACUGCUUGUUUAUAACUCUGUUCUAACACUUCGCUGCACCGACUGCAUACACCAUACAACAGGUGUUUAGGAUGUGUAUGUUGAACGCCUUUCUUUAUGGCAAUGGCAGCCUUUUCUGUAAGGAAAAAAAAAAAGUAGGCCUGCUGUGUGAUCUUGGAUCCCUUCUCCUUUCUGGCCGUCAGUGUCCUCACCUGUAAGAUUGGGCAGUCAGGCAGGAUGAUGCUCUCAUAGUCUACACUGCUCGCCCCAUGUCACUGUAGGCCUUCCUGCACUUCAGGGGAGAGCCGAAGACCCUAAUAUAUUACAUUGUGGAAGGACUUUGGUGCUCAGAUGUUCUAGACAAAGAAGCCAAGUGUUUGGAAUUUCUUGUACACCCUGCUAAUGCUAUGUUCCUCAGAAGGGAAUCGGUUCUUACCGUUUUCUGCCAUGUCCUAUUAUAUUAGCAGAGCUCCGACUUCUAAAAUCCAGUAGCUUUUGGAAGUGUUUUCAAGUAAGUAAUUUGGCCAAACGCUUGCUGCAUUUCUGUAAUGUGCUGGGUGCCGGGGAUACAGAGACAAGCUAGAGCCAGUCCCACCCUUGGGGACCUUGAUAGGUAGGAGAAGACAUGAAUGGUCGGUCCCAACCUCGAGAAGCAGCAUGGCAGAGUGGUUUGUGCUCUGGACUCUGGCUCAAAGUUCACCUCUAGCCCCAGGGCUGGCCAGCUGUGUGGCCUGGGACAGGUCACUUGGCCUGUUGCUCAGAGCUGAGAGCCACUAUGCAGAAAGCUUUUGGUCUGCACACAGUACCCAGUAGACAGUAGCCUUCACAGAGUUCUCGUCUUUGCCAUGAGCUCCACCAGGCUGUGUGCUGAUCUCCUUGGGAGGCGUGGCCUCUCGUGUCCCUCCCCAGCCACGAAAGCCUGCUCCCGCUCCGCUGGCUUCUCGGGGUGGCUGUGACCACAUUGCCCCCUCAUGCUUCUCCUCCGCCUGUUGAGCCAGCCCCGCCGUCCUCUCAUCCUCCCACCAGCAGCAGCCGACUUGCAGCAUGACUGGAGAGAGGUUUCACUUUGGCCAUCACCGACAGGCAUCUUUAUAAAUAUCCCUCAAAGUCAGGCCUUUAAGGGCACGUGGUCAUUGAGCACCUACUGCGGGCAGCAGCUUGACCUGUGUCAUCCAUCCUCCCCGUCACCCUGGAGAACCUGCACAUCUGGGAGACAGACAUGGAGUGAAGCUGCGUGCCAGUUACCCAGGCUGGGGGGAGGGGGGUGGCUGGGCAGAGCUGGCCUCGAACUGGAUCGGGUGGGCUUCCAGGCCCAUGCCUUGUCCACUGAUACAGGUAGACUCCUGGAGCUGGAAGCGCCCGGUAUUCUCACUGUUGGAAUGGACUGGUGUCUUCAGGGGUUGGUUCUCAAUAGGCCGAGGGUUGUUUGCCCCUGAAAUACAUUGGCCCCUGAGUUACAUGCUUUGAGGUUUUGUGUGUGCUUCUUGCUGCUGUCCUGUUUUUUUCAUAAGCCCUCUAUUUGUGCAGCGUCCUUUCAGGUACGUUUGAUUGAACUUCCGCCACACACAAGAGCUGUGCUGGAGGGGGCACCUUUCCGCAGUGCAAGCUCCCGUGAUCUCAUCUGCUGACCCCACACAGAGCAGGGCUGAUUCCCAUUUUGCAGAUGGGAAAGCUGAAGCUCAGGAGAGAUGCCUCUCUUGUCUUUUCCAAUGGACUCAAGUGGUUCUAAGGCUUUUUCUCCCAGGCAGUUUGUGUGUUGCUGGAUGAGAGAUUCCUGGCACCCUUUCUGGGCCAUGAUCUCCCCCUUCCUGGUGACACCCCCUGCCCUGCACAUGUAUCCCCUGCCUGCCUGUAAGGGGCUGUUCUCCUCCACAGUAAGUGUUUCCCUUGCUCAGUGACCUGGAACAGCAUUCCCCAAAGUGUGUGCCUUGGAACACCACUUCCAUGGGAUGUUAAUGGGUUUUUCAUAAAGAAAAAUCAAGGGAGUGUAUAUGUGAAAGUGGGGUGAGGCUUUGUGAUCAAGUAGGUUUGGCAGGCACUGGGUUAAAGCCCAGUUAAUGUGGUUGUCUUGCUGCAGGACCUCUCAGGACCUUCAGCGUGCCCGCGUGUGUUGGGCCUCCUGGAGGGGGCCGUGUAGCAGGUAGCAUUUCCCAUAUGUUUGCCCCUAGAGUGCUUCUUCACGGUGCUCUUGCAAGACAGGUUCCUGGGACACUGUCAGGGAAACCUGCGUUGACUGGGACAGUGGGAGCCAUGAGGACUCACAGCCACUGGGAGUAGGGUGAGGGGGCACUCAAGGGGCUUCAGCUGGCUCAGGGGUCCUUGGUUCUCCUCUGUCCCCCAGCAUCUCUUGGCAGAGGUGCCCUGCUUGGCAAAAGGAUAUCAGGGUAGGGGAGUCCCCUGACUUUUGGGUGAUUGGGACCUGGCUCAGAGGACUCUCCAUCUUUUGCAGGGGGUCUCCUGCAGGGGAGAGGCACUGUUUCCCAGCCUUAGUGCCGGAUUGCCCCCACACACACCGCGUGUGCUUCAUGUUUGUGCCACGCCCCCACGGGCCAGGGGUGCUCCCACCUUCCUUCGGCACCACACCGUCACAUGUAAGCCAGCUAGUUUUGCAAGGAGAGUGCUUACUCUUUCAUCCUUGCAUUCACCAGACAGACAUGCACUGAGCAUCCAGCCUGUGCAUGCCCCUGCUUGUGUUUUGGAUCCAGAGAUGAAAAUACACCCAUCUCUGCCCUCAAGGAGCCCACGGUGUCUUAAAGAGACAAGCAUGUAAAUAAAGCAUUGUGGUGCUGUGUGAGGAGGCUUGUAAUGAAGGUGUGUGCUGGGUCCCUGGCUCCGAGCACGUCAUCUGUCACAGCUAAGGUUUGGCCCCGUAGGAGAGGGCCGGCAGAUAAGGAAGCCAAUGGGCCCCCAGACAGGGACAGCAUAUAACAUUUGUGGACUGCAUAUGGCUGGGGUUAAGUUAGAUACCUGUUUUUCUGAUUUGGGUUGGGUUUUUUUGUUGUUUUGUUUUUUUGAUUUGGGUUCUUUUCUUUAAAAUGCAUAGAAGCAGUCUGUCUCCCUGGAAAGAGCACUGAAUCUAGAGUCAACCCUAGCACUGGGUUUUGGCUCAGCCACUUACUGGGUAACAGCAGGCUUAUUUCUUCUUGAAUCUCAGUUUUCCCUUUUGGUUAGAAGGGGCUAGUGCUUCCCAAGGUGCCGAAGAUCAGAUGUAAGUGAGAAAGCCCUUUCCGCACCGUGUGGAGCUGAGCAGACUUGAGAAAUCAUCCCCUAUUGGUCGCACAUUUGGAAUCAAUCUCAACAUUCUUUCCUAUCUCCCCAUCCUCCCCCCCCACUUGCCCAGACAUAGCCAUAGCUGGGGUGGGGAGCAGGGAGUAAGGCCAGAAGAAGGGGCCUCCUGCCAGAGGGAGCAGCAGCUUCCAUGGCUCUGCUGGCAUCAGAGCCUAAGGACGCAAGGAUUGAUAGAGGAUCCCCACACUCCAGCAAUCCUGACUCUGGGUGCUUGUGUCUUUGGGAUUCCCAGCAAGGUGGACAGAAAGAAGCAGGAAGGCUUUCCAGACAAACUGCAGGAGCUGAUCCAGCAGACAAAGAGGAGGCAGGAAACCCUUCCAGUUUUCUCUUACCUUGGAGCUGCCCAAGGACAUAGCCAUGCGGGCCAGGAUCAGACUAGGCAGCUGUAGGCACCUACGCUGACCCAUGCCUCCAAGAACACCUCCCAAAGCUCGGGACCCUUCUUGGGAAGAUUUUGCAGCACAGCCUGAAGGGGUUGUGAAGCAUCAUCCGUGCCCAUCUGCCCUUGUCUAUUUCAAGCAAGAUAAUCAUGUCUUUUUAACUAAUAGAUCCUGUUCAACAUGUAAGGACACCUGAUGUUUUUCCCUGAUAAAGUCAAUACCAAAUUCUGUAGGACAGGCUGGAGAAUGAAUCUCCUCCCCAGGAGGUGGGAGGUGAAUCACCUCCUCUGGGUGGGUUCCCCUUAAAUAUUUCUGGAGGGCUUGCCAGAUUCCCCACUGGCCUCCGGGGGCCCCUGUUCCUCUGUAACAUGCUAUCUAAGAGGGGAUUAGACCCUGCCUGAAAUUUCAGCCCCCCAUCUAAGAAGCCAGUCUCUAUAGACAAUGAUUCACCAAAGCUUGGGAUGAAGAGGAAUCAAACAGAAUCACUGGUAGUGGAAUAGAGCAGAAAGCCCAGUUCAUCGGUCUCCAGGUCCUUCUAUGGCAGAGACCACCCACGACUCCCUCCUCAGGGCCCUGCCCAGUGACGUGAGCCAACCCCACCACGUUCCCAGUUCCUGUGGGAGCCAGCUCCCUAGGGCUAAGGGACAAAGGGCAUGGCUGUCUCUUCAGGGAGACCCUGUCUCCACCCUCCACGUGGCUCGGGUGGAGUUCAGCCUUAAGUCCUCAGCAACACCACUGUAUGCUUUGAUAAGAGACCAGGUUGCCAUUUUGUUUCAGCCCUCCAGAGUGGGUUCCCAUGUUCUUCACCCAUCAAACAUUACUUUUAUUAUGAUUUUAGUGUUAUUUCCAUGCAGGGACUUGAUUCUUUAAAGGACUUUUGUUUGCCAAAUGUAUAUUAAAUACCAUUGAAUUUGUCUUCCCACUUUGAUUUUGCUCAUCGAAGGCAUAAACGCUCCUUAGAUUUCUCCCAGUGAUAACCAUUACAGAGCAGGUGCCCGCAGCGUGCUGGCGCGGCAAUAAGCUGCCUUGCUUCCUCACGUGUGCCCCCUCAGGCAGCUUUCUAAUUCCCGUCCUGCCAGUUCAGUGACUGUGGCACACAGAUUUUGGUUUUUUUCGUCCUAAGUGUCCUCUUUAAUCCCCAUCACCUAUUCCAUCCAGUCCCUCACCCCCAUCGCCCCUCCAGUAACCACCAGUUCUCUAUAGUUAAAAGAGUCUGUUUCCUGGUCUCUUUCUCUUUUUCUUUGUUCCUUUGUUUUGUGGCACACAGAUAUUAACCUCACCCAGGUCCCCCACUUAACAGGGACAGUGGGUUUGAAUGCAGGUCGCACCUCUCUCUGGAGGAGCCACAUUUUCUCCAGGAUGUCUUUCUGCCUUCCGACAUAGAAACAUUAAAUUGGUAUAAGCCCAGCCAACAACAAAAAUAAAACCUGUUAGUCUGUA